CACGAUCAACCAACUGCCGCCAUAGAUCAGUAUCCCACAUCCGCCACCGCCGUCCUGCUCCAAUCGGUUGCCGUUCCGGAUCGUCGGCCGGGCACUUGUAUUUGGUUUCAGUAAAAAAGACGUGCUAAAAUAGCAUUGAAAUGUCAGUUUGCUGAGGAAAAAAACUGUCAGAGAGAAUGACAAAUGCCGCUGCUGCUGCGAGUUUGCCUCACACUUUCAAAUACUUGCUAGCUACACAAUUUCUGUCGAGAGGAAUCCCGUUCAUAUUCAAUUCAUGGAUUGUUAGACAUCUUUCUGAAGAGGAUUAUGCGGUUUAUGCCGUACAGUUCCAUCUGUUUGUGACCUGCAUUUUGUUUCUGAGUAGAGAGGGCUUCCGGCGAGCAUGCAUGAGGGUAAAUAUCAGACGUGACGAUGCUUCAGAAACAGGAGCAAAUGCAGCUAAGCUUUUGAAAAUCGCAUGGAUGACUUUCCCAUUAGGGGUACUGGUCACAGUUGCUGCUUGUGUGUUUGUACUCUGGUGGCAAGGUCUAGGUUAUUCUAGUCCUUAUGCACGAGCCAUCUUGAUUAAUGGUUUUGCAUGUAUACUCGAGCUCCUGGCAGAACCAUUUUAUAUUUUGGCCCAGAACUUGACUCUUCUCAAGUUGCGGCUGGUUGUUGAAACUGCUGCCACUUUUUCACGCUGUAUAGUAACAUAUAUACUCAUCGUGAAGCAACCAAGCUUGGAGAAAGCAAUUGUAUUUUCCCUGUCACAAGUUGCAUAUGGAGCUUCAAUUUUCUUAGGUUACUGGGGUUACUUUCUUCUGUGCCAAGUAUAUACAUCUUAUGUUCUGUUUCCGUUCAGGAUAGGAAAUACCAUAAGUUAUGACAGACCACUCGCAAACAUGUGCAUGAUAUUUAAUCUUCAAUCCUUUCAGAAGUUGAUUCUUCAGGAAGGUGAAAAGAUGAUCCUUGUAUGGCUGGAUACACCGUAUAACCAAGCAGUAUAUGGACUUGUAGAUAAACUAGGGAGCCUAGUGGUGAGGCUGAUUUUUCUUCCAUUUGAAGAAAGCUCAUAUGCAACAUUUGCAAGCUCUGCAUCAGGAGAUCAAAAAGGGAACAAGAAGAUUCUGGGGAGGAAUCUGACGGAUGCCCUGAAGCUUGUUUUGCUAAUUGGUCUGGUUGUUAUUGCAUUCGGUCCAAGCUAUUCAUAUUCCCUCAUCAGAUUACUCUAUGGUAGAAAAUGGAGUGAUGGAGAAGCUUCGACAGCACUCCAAUAUUAUUGUCUCUACGUGAUAGUUUUGGCCAUGAAUGGGACAUCUGAAGCAUUUCUACAUGCAGUUGCAUCAGAGACAGAACUUAAACGGUCAAAUGAUUCAUUGCUCGUUUUCUCAUUGAUUUACUUGGUCAUGAACGUCUCACUUAUAAGAUCAGCGGGUGCAAUUGGGUUGGUUUUAGCAAAUUCUUUGAAUAUGAUCUUCAGGAUAGUUUACUCGGCGGUUUUCAUCAAAAAGUUUUUCAAGGAAUCUUCAUCCUUCUCCUUUAGAGCUUGCAUUCCUGGAGGUUAUGAAUUUGUGUUGGCUUCGGGAGUAGCCACCUUUAUCCUUGAAAGGAUAUAUCUCAACCCUGAGAACUUCUGGGCCACCUUUGCCGUUCACUUCUCCUUUGGUUUGGUCUGUUUUCUUGUUGCUGCUUUCGUAAUCUACAAAAAAGAGAGGCCUUUCAUCAGGAAAAUUAUACGCUUUCGCGACCACGAUGACUGAAGCUGCCAAUACAUUGUCUUGGUUAGAUGGUUUUGUGUCAUAGUCUAUCACUAGAGUAUUUCUAUUAAGAACAUGUAAUUUUAAUUCCUUGAAGGGCUGUACUCUUUUUGAAAACCUUAUACUCCCAUCAAGGUAUUAUAUUGGUUUCAUUUUAGUGCUCUCAUUUCAUUUGAUACAAAAUUUAUGCCCUGUUUGGGGAGCAAAACAAUGUUGGGAUGGGUUGGAUUCUGAAAUCCGAAAGGAACUGAAUGAGUUU